CAUUAUGCAAGAGUAAAAGUGGGGCUGGUGAGGCACUUCGUAGGGCAGACCACACAGCUGCAGCCUGCACCGCCACUGGACCUGGGCAGCUUUCAAAGUUCAGCCCUCGAGUUUCAGUUCGGCCUCUCCACUCUCCAUAGAUCUCUCUCAGUCAAUCAGCACUUCAAGUACAGAGAUCUGAACAAUUCGCCUCCUCCAUUUUGCCCGUCAUGAGCUUCAACUGGAAGGCCAUCCUCCUAGAAGACAAUCCUACCGACGCCGAGAAUCGGGUCAAGGCUCAAUUGACACGAGGGGUGAGCCCUCUAUCGACCUCGUUUUAUGGUAAAACGCUCCUGCACGCGGCCGCCAUCGCGAACAGCCUGCCAGUUGUGCGACUUGCCAUCUCCUUGGGCAUUCCAAUCGACGCACGAGCGUAGACUCGGGGCAAGAAUGGCCCGGCAUGAGAAACCGACUCUGGGAUGGACAGCACUGUUCUACGCUGUCAGAAACGCAAACUAUCAUAUAACCCGUCUCCUUCUCGAGUCCGGAGCAUCCAAUAUGCUAUCGAGCAUUCGAGAAACUCCACCCAUGGUUGCGGUGCGACAGCGAGCAGAGGACAUCUUUUGGCUCUUGAUCGAGUUUGGCUUCUGGCCCGCCUGGACCACCUCUCGACACUCUCGUCCGCUGCGAUAUCCGCCGGAAUUCGUCGACCAGCAGAUCGCACAAAUGACGUCCCCAGCGGCUCUGAUAGAAUACCUGGAGACUUUUCUCCUUCAAUCGUUCGACCCCCAGCUUUCUCAGCCGAGCACCGCGGCCUUCUGUGCAAGGUGCCUGGCGCGUCCUGCCGGCGCCGAACCGGCUGCUCAGGAGGCCUGGCGAGUAGAGCAGUCAGCUACGAUAGCGAGAUGGAUACCCAUAACCGACGCUUUUAGCUACGGCUUUCUCAGGCGCUGUAGGAUUUGCAGACAACCCGUCGUCGCGUUACCGCCCCCGUUUGACGCAAACCUUGGAUCCAAAGAAAGGGUCAUCGUUCUGCCCUCCGACUACCCCAGCUGGAUUCAUGCCCACAACAACAAUAGUGAUGGUUCGUGCCUGUGUUUGUUUGGUAUCUUUCUAAUUCUCGAAGAGUGUACAUCGAAGACCUAAUAUCACAAAGCUUUGGCGGUGUCUGUGAGCCAGUUCGACAGUUUUGUAUUGGCUUACAAAGUUCCAGAUUGACGUGGCAGGCCUUUGGUUUACCACCUUCCGACCAGACUGGUAUGGUGUUUGAUGAUGUCUUGUGCUGUGCUAACAACCCUUUUCUCAGCGGACUUCCUCCAGCUUCUGAAACUCCGUUCGAACCUGCCGGGAUUAGGGAGCGCCGGCUCCCGUUGUGCACUGCUCCUGCCGGCUUA